AGCGCCGGACCCUGCGCGGCUGCGGCUGGGAGCCAAGUGGGCCAUUGGGGUGGCGGUAGCUGCGGAACGCCGCGGGAGUCGAGCAGGAGUGGUGGCGCCCCCUCCAGUAGCUGCCGGAGCCCCUGGGGGUGCGUUGAUGCUCGGAGGAUCGUGGUGAUCUCCGGCGGCCCCUUGACGCUGCCGGGAUCUGCCGGCGCAGCGGCGGCCCGCAGGGUUGAGCCUGCGGGUGAGCGUUGGCGGCGCCCCGUUCCGAGUGGGGGCAGGGGAGGGGACCAGAGUGGUCACCCCGAGCCGGCCUUCUGCGAUCAUGUCCGACGAGGCCUUAGCCACGACUUCGUACGAGAAGUUUCUCACCCCCGAGGAGCCCUGCCCGCUGCUGGGCCCCCCCCGCGGCGCGGGCAAUUGCCCCAGCGAGGAGCCGGGCUGCCUGGACAUCAGCGACUUCGGCUGUCAGCUGUCGUCGUGCCACCGCACCGACCCGCUCCACCGCUUCCACACCAACAGGUGGAACUUAACAUCCUGUGGAACAAGUGUUGCCAGUUCAGAAUGCAGUGAGGAGCUGUUUUCAUCAGUUUCUGUUGGAGACCAAGACGAUUGCUAUUCCCUGUUAGAUGAUCAGGAUUUCACUUCGUUUGAUUUAUUUCCCGAGGGGAGUGUCUGUAGUGAUGUCUCUUCUUCUAUUAGCACAUACUGGGAUUGGUCAGAUAGUGAAUUUGAAUGGCAGUUACCAGGGAGUGACAUUGCCAGUGGAAGUGAUGCACUUUAUGAUGUUAUACCCAGUAUUCCAAGUUCACCUUGCUUGUUUCCUAAAAAGAAAAACAAGCACCAGAAUUUAGAUGAACUUCCUUGGAGUGCAAUGACCAAUGAUGAACAGGUGGAAUAUAUUGAGUAUUUGAGCCGUAAAGUCAGUACUGAAAUGGGUCUUCGGGAGCAACUUGAUAUUAUUAAAAUAAUUGAUCCUUCUGCUCAAAUCUCCCCUACAGACAGUGAGUUUAUUAUUGAACUUAACUGUCUCACAGAUGAAAAGCUGAAGCAGGUCAGAAACUAUAUCAAAGAGCACAGCCCUCGUCAAAGGCCUGCUAGAGAGGCCUGGAAGAGAAGCAACUUUAGUUGUGCCAGCACCAGUGGAGUGAGCGGUGUCAGUGCCAGUGCCAGCAGCAGCAGCGCCAGUAUGGUCAGUUCUGCAAGCAGCAGUGGGUCCAGUGUUGGAAACUCUGCUUCAAACUCCAGUGCCAACAUGAGUCGAGCACACAGUGACAGCAACUUGUCUGCAAGUGCAGCAGAACGGAUUCGGGAUUCAAAAAAGCGAUCCAAGCAGCGGAAAUUGCAGCAGAAGGCCUUGCGCAAGCGGCAGCUGAAAGAACAAAGGCAGGCUCGGAAGGAGAGGCUUAGUGGGCUCUUCCUGAAUGAAGAAGUGCUUUCCCUGAAAGUCACUGAGGAAGACCAUGAAGCAGAUGUAGAUGUUUUAAUGUAAUCAGGGUGGCUUUAUAUUUGCUUUUUUUUCUAAGCUUUUAAGUGUUCCGUCCUUAAUAUUUUACAUGCAUCUUGACCAAACUUUUUGGUUAGGGUUGUGCUAAUGUACCAUGAAUAAUUUAGGCCAGUGGUUUUCAAUUCGGUGUUCCUGGGCCAACAGCUUCAGCUCGUGUGAAAAGUUGUUAAAAAUGAAUAUUAUUGGGUUCCACCCUUCUAGUAAAUCAGAUAUAACCAGGAAGGAGGCCCAGCAUUGUCUUUUAACUAGCAACCGGUUAUUCUACAGCACAGCACAUUGUAGUUUUAAGAACAUUUAGAUAAAUGUUGGACUGUUUGAAUUUUAGGGU